AGCCGAGCUCCGAGGGAGGGCGGGCGCGGGCUGGCGGCGGGGACCGCAACAGCUCCGAGGACGUGCGGCUGGAGCUCAAGAAGGUAUACAGCUGGAAGCAUUGGAUCCCAAGUGCAGGGGCAGCCAUUCACACAGGACACUGCAAACCAAGCCUUUCUGGGUGAAGGUCCCUGGGAAAAUGCAGGCCUACUUUCUGCAUUUCCUUCGGCUUUGACCUGUACACCUCCAGCAAGCAUAGAGAGAUCUUGGAGGAGGAGGCUGUCCCAAAGAUUUCCUGCUGAUGCUUGUCUGAUCCUGCCUUCUGUGAAGCAUGGCCGCCACAGGAUUACGACAGGACAAAUCAUAGACCCUGAGUCUCACAGCUGCUCUGAGAGGCACACGCUACAGCCUUGCUUGGCGCCAGGUGCUGCCAAGCCGUGAGACUCACUCCCAUCCCAACAAUGCCUUCAGGCGCCAUGGCCGCAGCCGUAUGAGACUAUUAAGGACCAGGACUUGACCUUGCUACCCAGUAAGCCUCCCAAGCGGCCCCUACCGCCUCCCAUGUCUGGCUACCAGGGCAGACUAGAGAAUGUCUGUGCCCCAGAUUCAAGUGGAAGAAGUGGGUGAGAAAGACAGGCCAGCCGGGGCAGCCGUACCUCCCGAUGACCACCUCCUCAGUCUGAAGGCCCUCACUGAGAAGCUGAGGCUGGAGACCCGAAGACCUUCCUACCUGGAAUGGCAGGCCAGGUUGGAGGAGCAGACAUGGCCUUUCCCGAGGCCAGCUGCCCAGCAAGAGGCGAGUCUGGAGCAGGGAGCAUGUGGGGGUGAAGAGCCUUUGAUGCCUCUAAAGGAGCCCCGAGAUCUUCUCCCACCUUCCGGGAGUGCCGGCAGGGGUGACAGGCCACUGACCACAGGCAAGCUGGAAGGCUUCCAGAGUAUCGAUGAAGCUAUAGCCUGGCUCAGAAAGGAACUGGCAGAGAUGCGGCUCCAGGACCAGCAGCUGGCCAGACAGCUCAUGCGCCUCCGAGGAGACAUCAACAAGUUGAAGAUCGAGCAGACCUGCCGCCUGCACCGGAGGAUGCUCAACGAUGCCGCCUUUGAGCUGGAGGAGCGGGAUGAGCUGUCCGACCUCUUUUGUGACUCCCCGCUGGCAUCUUCUUUCAGCCUUUCCAUGCCACUCAAGCUCAUUGGAGUCACCAAAAUGAACAUCAACUCCAGAAGGUUCUCUCUCUGCUGAGAAGCCUUAGGAUGGAAGGGAAACCACAGCCAAGGGUGAGAGAGAGAAGGCUCAGACCAAGUGGUACUUUGGGUACCAGUUACUCUCCCUGAGGCCUUGGGAGUAAAAGGCACCAGGACCUGGUGGUAGUAUGCCAGGGGCUUCAGCUUUGUAUACCUGGGUCUUCAUGUUCAAGACCCAAAGAGUCUGUAGACACUAUGUAAGACAGGGCUCUCAGCAGGAUCCCUGUGGCCUUCCUCUCUAUGGCCCACUUUCCUGUGACCUAGAAUCACUGGUGCUAUGAUGUUGAAUCCCAAAGGGGACACCCUUCCUAUACCCCUGCCAAAGCUUGUUCUUAUAGAAAGCUCUACUCUAGGGAAGCUGAGAAGAUUAGAUUGUGCCGAGUAUACCCAUCUCUCACAUAUUGUUACCACCCUCUUAGUGCUAGCUCUAAUGGCCCCUAUGUAGGAGGCUCAUCAACCUGUGCAGGGAUGUGGUAGGACGGGAAAACUUAAAGGAAUAACAAGGUGACAAGUGGGAAUGCAGACUCCUCUUUGAUGGCUACCAGCAUCCCAGGGAAGGAGCUCUGCCCAGGUACUUUGAACUUCAGCCCUGAUGCCACAAGGCCAUGCUGUUUCCAGCUUGAUCCAUGACAUAUGAUAUAUGACAUAUGUACCUUGUAUAGUUUUGGUAGAGCAACCCAGGCGCCCUGCUGUCUCCCAUCACAACCACUUCAGUUACCUCUCUGCCACCCUCAACCCCAGGAGAACACCUAGCAGGCCACUGGUCACUGAUGGUUAAACUAGGCAAGAUAGGAGAUAGAUUUCCCACAAGUGAAUUCUAUAGUAGGGAGCAUGACAGAGGCCCCCUGGUGGAACCUGAUAUUGUCACCUUAUCCUCCGCACCAAAGACCCCAGGGAUCCCAAAAGUCCAUCCUGAGCCUCUCCCAAGACUGUGCCUGAUCUAAGCAAUGGAUUUCAAUUGACCAUGACUGUUAACUAAUGCAUUGCUAACUAGUUAAUACCUGUCUGAAUCCUGUCCAAAUGGAAAACCAGUUGAGUAGGCCACACAGAGUUUGGGCUUUAGUUUUGAGAGUUUUUCCCUAGCAGCAAGCUUGAGCUCAGUAAAAUGUUAAGCUCUUCAGUUCAGGGAAGACCUGGUACGGCACACCUGGCCACAAUCCUCUUAACACAAGUUCCUCAGACUCUGGGUGUGUCUAGUGAGGUCUGCUCAUGAGCACAGAAGGGCAAAGUGAAGCCUGGAAAGACAAUGACUUCCCUCCAGUUACCUGGCUACUCCAUGGCUAUAGAAUAUUAAGGUGUGAAAUUACUGUGAGUCCAGCUUAGAUCUUCUGCCAAUGAACUUGAACUCCAAAAGAUGGUACUGAUGCUCUGCCAAACCCACAAGUUGUCAGCUUCUCCCUCCCUCCCUCUCAGUCCCUACUCAUUCUUUUCCGGCCUAGCAAUGACUAGUAUUGGGGUGGGGGAGGGGGAAGCAUAACUCCCAGAUGGUUGGACCCUUAGCACUUACCACUUGUCAGAGCUCUGCCAUCUAUACUGACUGUUCUCUGUAUAUAACAUUUCUUCCUACUGAUAAUCCCCAUGAGCUGUGUCCACACACGACACAACACAUGCAGACUGGAAUGGAAAGAUAAUACUGAAUGGCCUCUUCCUUGUGAUUUCAAAGAGCCAAACUGUUUCUGUUUCUUUUUUUAAAGGUAGAACAAGGUAGCCAAGAUUUUUUAAGAACCCUGAAGUCCAGAGGCCUUGACUCCAGUCCCUUCCUUCAAGACUACACAAAACACUGCCAAGUCCCAAGAGGCCUUUAUUUCCCAUCACCUCCUGCCUCUGGUCACCCCAGACCCCUGGGUGACACUGGCCACAUCACAGAGAACACAUGAGAGAAGGACCAUCCCAUAUUCUAAAAAUAAUGCCAAACUGAGUGUAAGAAAUUAAAUCAUUAGCCAGGCAUGGUAGUGCACAUCUUUAAUCCCAGCACUCAGGAGUUGGAGGGAGGAAGAUCAGGAGUUCAAGACUAGCCUAUGAUACCUAGUAAGUUCUCCAAGUCAGCCUAGGCUAUAUGAGACCAUGCCUCAAAACCAUAACAGUCACCAGUUAUUACAGUAACUGACACCCUUAGCUUAAAGCAAAGCAGAGUGAUCGACUUGGAUAUGGUCAGCAACUAAAUAUGUGACUGAGCAGUCUGUGCUCAGAUAGGUAAGCACCCAGCAUCUUCCUCCUGCUUUUGUUCUCUGGGAAAACUUUGUCCUAGUCAAGGUUUGAAUAGAUUAGAUGUUUCAACUUAAGUUGUUCAUCCCAAGAGAAUCGUAUUCUGGGAUAAGGAUGGUGGGCUGGGGAGUGGACUGAAAAGGUGGAAAGGAAAGUCAUUCUGUCAUCUUACCUGUAGUCUAGUGUCUGUUAGCUCUCUGCCUUCCGUGGUGAGCUCAAACCAUUAACUGUUCACUCUGGUGGUAGAAUCCCUGCAGAGAUGUCUAUAGGUCUGUGGCAACAUUAGCUGCCUUCCUCAGCUAGCUUCCUGCCUUACUGUAUGUUCACUGUCCUGUUUGGUGUUCCCUCCUUAACCAUCUUUAUCCCCCCUCUCCCAGGUGAGACAUGAACUAUCCACUGUGCUGCCACAAGGUCAUGUCCAAUGCCUUCAUGGCCUCAGUAGCAAUCGCAGAGGCUGAGGGCCUGGACAGGCCUGGCCAUAACCUGGCCUCAUCUAAGACCUACCCCUGUAGCAAUACCAAGUGCUAU